GAGGGCGGGAGGGAUGGCAAGCCCUGAGCUCUCAGGUUUAGGCAGGAUUGGUGUUCCUGUUCAAAAAGACCCUGCAGCAAGAGAUGGGAUGGGUGUGAACCACACUGUCCUUUCAUUGCUGAUGCACAGAUCUGCUCGCUGAUAUGAGCUCGGCAGUAUUUGAGUGUUAUUGAAAUGGGAGAAACUACUAGUAGGAAAGAAAAUAUAAACCUCAAAAGUACAAUUUUUUUUCCGAAGUCUGACCAUAAAUAAGGAGAUGAAAAAUUACACCAAAUAAUCUGGGAUGUAACGAGUGAGAUGCACCAGAGCCAGUGGUCUAGGAAGUUUCAAACCUUCGAUUUCAAUUCUGUAACUUGCACGAUGUCGUGGGAUGCUGGGGACUUCUCGGUUUUAAGUUCCCUGCGGGCGAGGGUGCGGUCCCUUCGUACCAACAACUGCUGCGAUGGCGUUUUUAAGCGGGACGCCUCGCAGGACGAUGUCGCGGUGCCAGAGCCGUGCUGGGGCGUGGCGAUUCUCUGCGCCCGUGGGGAGGAGGAGCGCGCCGGGGCUGCGCGGGGGCGGCCGUGCGAGCUCUGGGUGUGUGUGACCGGCGGAAGCAGUCGCUCCACGUCCGGGUCGGGUGGCGCUGGCGGGGCGAUGCCGCUGGUGGUGCUGUGCGGGCGGCCGGGCAGCGGCAAGAGCCGGCGGGCGGCCGAGCUGCGGGAGGCGCUGGGCGGCCCGGAGCGGCCGGCGCACGUCGUGGCCGAGGCGGAGGGCGGCCGGGCGGCGCUGCGGGCCGAGGUGGAGCGGCGGCUGAGCCGGCGGGACGUGGUGAUCGUGGACGCGGGCAACGAGCUGCGGAGCAUCCGCUACGAGCUGUACUGCGCGGCGCGGCAGGCGGGCACGGCGCGCUGCCUCCUGCACUGCGCCGGCGGCGCGGGCGGCCCCGAUGAGCCGCCCUUCGAGGAGCCCGACCCGAGCUGCCGCUGGGACCGGCCGCUGUUCACGGUGCGCGGGGAGGAGCCGCUGCCGCUGGGCGCCAUCCGCGCCGCGCUGUUCGAGAGCGCCCCGCCGCCGCCGCACCGCGCCACCCGCACGCAGCCGCUGCAGUCCUGCGGCUUCCUGCACCAGCUGGACCGCGUCACCCAGGACGUGCUGGCCGCCGUGCUGGCCGCGCAGAGGAGCGGGGCACAGCCCGGCGAGACCAUCCGCGUCCCCGGCGUGGCCGAGGGGCUGGUGCUGAGCCGGCCCGUGAGCGUGGCCGAGCUGAGCCGGCUGCGGAGACAGUUCAUCAGCUACACCAAGAUGCAGCCCAGCGAUGAAAACCUGCCCCAGCUGGCCAGCAUGUUCCUGCAGUACCUGAGCCGCAGCAUCCAGUGAAGUGCCACCUGUGCCACCCAGCAGUGGCGGUGGUCCGGCCCCGAAGUAGUUGCUGCGGGAAGAAUGUGCCUUUAGCACAGACCCUGCAGAGCCUGGGUCCCAGCCGCCGGGGAUCACAUCACUUGGCAGCAGCAGCAGCUC